AAUAUGUUGCCUUGUUACUCCAUCUUAAGAAAAGAAAAGUCGGUGCUCGUCGCUCAGAGCGUAAACGUCGUCGCUUCCUCGAACUGAAGCUGUUCCCUGCAACACUCCGGUGCAGUUCCAUUUUCAUGGAGUUCUAGAUUCGAUUCUCUCUCUCUCUCUCUGACACUGCGUUUGUGUGCCGUCGCAAUGAGACAGCAGAAGCAGGUGAACAGCAACAACCAUAGCAGGCAACCGAGGAUCCUAUAUUUGGUGUUUGCCGCUGCACUCUUCUCCCUCAUCCUCUUCGCUAUCCAAUCUUCUUUCUUCUCUGGCUCCCUCUACUCAGAUCGUAACUCUGAGACAAUUCGUAUCUUGUCCCAGUUUCAGUCCUCUCUUCAGCAAUGUGUCGCGAAUAGGGGGCUUGGACUCACUGCACAUAUUAUUGACCAUUGUACGUUGAUCCUUAAAUUCCCUAAAGGCACCAACAGCACUUGGUAUAAUGCGCAGUUUAAAAAGUUUGAGCCUUUGGAGUUCCAGUAUGAUGUUUGUGAGGCAAUCAUAUUGUGGGAACAGUACCGUAACAUGACUACGGUGUUGACCAGAGAGUAUCUUGAUACUCGUCCUGAUGGUUGGUUAAAGUAUGCUCCAAAAAGGAUAGCACAAGUAGGGGUAAAGAAGUGCACUAAUAGGACUAUUUGUGAAGAGAACCUCAAUAUAUUAUUACCUGCAAAACCCCCCUUUCAUCCGCGGCAGUUUCGUACUUGUGCUGUUGUUGGAAAUUCUGGGGACCUUCUGAAGACAGAAUUUGGAGAAGAAAUUGAUAGUCAUGAUGCUGUUUUUCGAGAAAAUGAGGCCCCUGUUAAUCAGAAAUAUGCCAAGCAUGUUGGUCUUAAGAGGGAUUUCCGUCUAGUUGUAAGAGGUUCUGCUGUUAACAUGGUCCCUAUUCUAAAUGGUUCUGAUGAUGAGGUAUUCAUAAUCAAAAGUAUGACACAUAAAGAAAUCAAUGCGGUUAUAAAGACUGUACGAAAUCCAGUCUAUCUCUUCCAAGGUAUUGUACUACGUCGAGGUGCCAAAGGAACUGGAAUGAAAUCUGUUGAAUUAGCGCUCUCCAUGUGCGAUGUUGUUGAUAUAUAUGGUUUCACUGUUGACCCAGGAUACAGUCUAUGGACAAGAUACUUCACUGCUCCCAGGAAGGGACACAAUCCACUUCAAGGAAGAGCAUACUACCAACUUCUAGAAUGUCUUGGGGUAAUCAGGAUUCACUCCCCCAUGAGAUCUAAGAGGAGGCAAGACUGGUCAGAUGUGCCUAGUAGUGAAAUGAUAAGUCAAGCACAUGCAGCCGCUUUGCGCUUGAAAAAGAGUCCAGCUGCUCAGCUCGGGCAGUUCGGCAAUUGUAAGGUGUGGGGCAACGUGGACCCGGACAAAAGUGGACCUAUCUCGGGAUCACCAGACAUGAGUGAUGUCAGGAAGUAUUCAAAUUACAGUAAAUGGGAAGUCAUGCCUAUUGAGAGUUUGAGGAAAGAUGCACAGGAUCACUAUAAGCAGAUGCAAGGGGUGUCUAUAUAUAAAUUGGACGGCAAUAGGUUGGAUGACCUAGUAUGUGUAAGACAUUCCUUAAAAUCUGAUGUGUAAAUGGUGUCUUUGCGGUCUAUUGUUAUUCACUGAUUACGUCUACCGCCUUCUGAAUGGAAUCUGAGAUAAAAUUUCCCACGGCGGGCUGCUGACACAUAGCUCGUCAAGCAGUUACUGGUUUAUCGCAUACCCCAUCUAUCAGAGGAUGGCAAGAAUCUCAACUCCAUUGAGGGAAGAUGACGGAGUCAAUGUGUGUAAUUUCAUUGUUCCGGAUGAUUUAUAUUUCAAGGUAGAGAUGUAGAAAUCGCAAUAUAGGAAUUCUGACCACAGAAAUUUGUUGUGCCUCUUUUUCCAGGUUUAAAUUGACAGUGAUUAUUCAUUAGUAUAAUAGAUGUGUCUAUCUACUGUAACGUAUCAAUUGGUUGAAGAAGUCUCUGCAGUAAACUGUUUUCCUUUUAUGUGAUGAUCAGAAGAGCCUAUAAAGGAGGAAAGUGAUAGUCAAACGUUUUGUUAACUGGUUUUCACAUGAUUGUUAAUGGUAUUUUGUUGCUGAGUUUUUUUUUCUUUGC